UCACGUGACUUGAAGCUGUCGCAAGGGAGGAGCGACGGCGUACAAUUCAUUUCGAUAUUUAUUACGCAAGCUCCUUCUAGAGUUGGAAACAGGUCGUGUCUGAGUGCUUUCUUUGAAGUUUCUAUGAGUUCAGUAGCAGAGAACGACAAAGGACCAAUCAUAUUGGCAGGGCCCAACGUUGAAGCUCUGGACGACUUUAGGAAUACGCUAUCAGAAGUUUUAGCCCAAACCCAAGAAAUCAAAGAAAGACCCAACGAUAUACGGGUGUUGCUAGGCAAGGAACUGUUGAAACAAAAUUUGGAUUCUAGUGUCAAGUGCUUUCUGGUGAUGCCAUGCGCAAGCCGCACUCUCAUCUAUCUAGAAGGUGAUCGUUCUAGCAUGUAUCAAGAACUCAAACACAUGUGCUGCGAUGAUGGCCAGUGGAACUAUCACAGAGUUUUUAUUGUAUUGUAUCGACACGAAGAGGUUGCCCAAAGUGAUCUGUACGAUUACGAGAAGAUCGACUUAUGGUGGAAUCCUGGACCCCAAAAGGAGCUCGAGCAGUUUGCCAAAAUAGGCCAUCUCAUCAGCUUUAAAAGCGUCUUAAACAGACAACAAAAAAAUACCAUUUGCAAUUUCUUAGGACUCAAAUUACGCCCCCUUGAAUCAUCUUUGAAACCAAUACAAGAUGCCAGCGAGGGUUUAUCACGUUUUCAGAGGCCUUUGCAAAUCUUCAGAGGCUUUCUUCGAGUGCAAAUCCGGUGUUUUCCUACUUUACAGUAUUGCGCUACAGCUUAUUUUCUGUGCUCUACUAUGAUGACAUUCAGUUCCAACUCUAAUGCUGCAGAAACUUAUUCUCCGUGGUCUUAUUUGUUGAAAUGCUGUGAUUCUGUUGAAAUGCUGUGAUUCUGUUCUACUGCCUCUGCUAGGAUCUUGGUUUAAGCCAGAUUAUAAUGCUGAAUUUAUUAUUAGAUACCUUCGACUUAUGU